AUGAAGCUCUCACUCAUUUCUGCAAUUGCUCCUUUGGCUCUCGUCGCUACUGCUGCUCCAGCAGGAUGCAACUUCGAUUUGGUCGGCUUUGCAAAGGACAACCCAAUUGGCCCUACAACGGGCGGAAAAGGUGGUCAAGUUGUGACUGUCACUACGCCUGAACAGCUCGUAGCUGCCGUUGCUGGAGAUGCUCCAAAGAUCAUCUACGCAAAGGGACGCUUCAACUUGACUUCCAGGCUCCGUGUUGGAAGCAACAAGAGCAUCCUGGGCACGGGCAAAGGUGCAGAGAUCUCCCAGAGUGGAAUCACGAUUGCCAAUGCUACCAAUGUGAUUGUUCGCAAUUUGGGCAUUCGAUUCAUCGUCGACAACGAUGGCAUCACGAUCCAAAACAGCACCCGUGUUUGGAUCGACCACAAUGAGUUCUCGUCUGAUAUCAACAAAGGUCCGGAUUUCUAUGACGGACAGGUCGACAUCAUCCGAGCAAGCGACUGGGUCACCGUCUCAUGGAACUACUUCCAUGAUCACUGGAAGUCGUCGCUCAUCGGCAACUCGGACGCCCUUCGAGCUGUUGACAGUGGUCACUUGCACAUCACGUACCACCACAACCACUGGCGCAACUCUGGUACCCGCGGCCCUGCUGGUCGCUUCGGACACCAACACGUGUACAACAACCUUUACGAGGACUUCUUGUACCAGGCCAUCCACAGCCGCAGUGACAACCAGGUCCUUGUUGAGGGCAAUGUGUUCCGUGGAAAGACCCGCGAGGCUCUUUCAACAUACGGUUUGGUUAUUCCCGAGGACAGCCCCAACACAUCCCCCGACGGAGACUUUGAGAUUGAUGGUUUCGCCAACCUUGGUGCCAAGAACGAUUGGGGCCCGGCCAGCAUCAACAUCACUCAAGUCGGAAACUUCACGAAGGCGCCUUAUAAAUACAAGCUUACAAAGUUGAACGAUGUCAAGAAGACUGUGCUCGCAGGCUCCGGUCUUGGACAGAUCUAG